AUCAGCCGCGGGAUCAAACUUACGCCGACGGUAAGGUUUUCGUCCUGACGAGCUCGCGUAACUUAACCGCCACCGUCUCGUCUCGUCUCGUUUUUCUCCUGCCCGUCAACUCUUUCCUUUUCACUUUCUUCCCCCGAGUCUUGCUGCCUUCUGCUCGACCAGCGCCCUUGCCUUCAUCCUAUACCGUCGACUCAGUCGUUGCGAUCAUCUCUUUCUUUAAUCUAAUCGCUUCAGGUAAUCCAUCCACCAUCGAUUUCAUCAAUCCUUUUGUCGUGAACAUGGGUCGUACCGUCGACCAGGAAGUUCACGCGGCGUUCGUCGAGUUCCGCGCCAAGGAAGACGAUAAGUGUCUCUCCGUCCAGUGUAUAUACUGCCAGCAGAUCCGCGCCAAAAACACCUCGCGUCAGAAGCAGCAUCUGCUCGAGUGCCCCGGUCUCCGUGGCCAUACCAACCCCCAGGCUCAGUCUCAGACUGCUCAGUCCGCUCCCAAUGGUAUCGGUGCUACCAAUGGAUAUCCUCCUACUCCCAAUGGCGCGACAGCCCCUGCACCAGGCCCUGGCCCUGGCCCAGGUGCCCUGCCUACUCCCAACGGGCCCAUGAUGUCGAACGGUGUCAAUCCCCAUGCUACCCCGAUGCAGACGCCGCUGCAGAACAUGCAAGGCCGCGCUUCUCUUCCCACUUCCGGUCCCACCGGCACCUCCUCUGCUCCCCCAACUCAACAAGCUUCUCGUGCGACUCCGAAGUCUAAACCGAAAACCUCGUCCUCAAGUCUGCCCGCCCCGCCUUUGGACGAUGUACACGCUGCGUUUGUCGAGUUCCGUGCGAAGGAGGAAGACAAGUGUCUCUCUGUCCAGUGCAUCUAUUGCCAGCAAGUUCGCGCGAAGAACACGAGCCGUCAGCGUCAACAUCUCUUGGAAUGUCCCACCUACCUUAGUGUGAUGAAAGAUUCGAUCCCCGCCAACAACCUCCUCCACACUUUCCCGGAAGGCGACGUGGCUCGCUCAUUGCAGAUCCCCGCGCCCACUCUCGAAUUGGACUUCCGCAUGAGCAUAAAGAUGAACCCGAAGGUGGCUGUUGGUCAGAGUCUUUGGGGCCAGAGAGACUGGGUCACGUUUGUCGGUGGCCAAUGGGCGGGCAGAUGGGGCAAGGGUAUCGUGUUGCCCGGAGGACAAGAUUCGCAGAUCGUGACGAAGGAAUCCGCCACCAGUCUUCGCGCAAGCUACAUGCUUCAAACCGCAGAUGACCCACCCGCUUUUAUCAUCGUGAAGACCAAUGGGUGGCUCACGGGUGCCAAGGACGUUUUGGACAAGGUCAACGAUCCGGGCGUCGCGGACACGAUCAACCCCAACACGUACAAGUAUCGUAUCAAUCUCACCAUGGAGACUGGUGACGAGCGCUACGCAUUUUUGAACACCUUGAUGUGGGUUGGCAGUGGUUGCCGCAGGGGCCAUGAAGUCAUCUUUGAUUCGUUCCGUGUCAAUUGAUCUGCUACAAUAUUGCAGCUGUUUUGUCGGUUCUUCAGCGAGUAAUUUUUUGAGGGGAAAAAUUGUGCUUUGGUUUCUUCGCAAGUUGUGUCUCUAUCUGCCCCAGAGUAUGUCUUGAGCUUUGCCAGUGUUUGAGCCCUGUUGAUCUGGAUACAUGCUUUUUUGCCUCAUCCCAAUCACGAGUCCGCUUGAUGCGUUCGUGGAGCACCCAUGUUCUUUACGACUUCUCUUCGUUUCUGUUUGUUACUACUGUAAGGUAUUUCAUUUUCUUUGUGUCGAGGUGCAAGACUGGUGAAUUUCUACUCUUCUUCUAUAUCUCCCGGUCCUUUUCAUAUUAGCAGUGCAAUGUGAAUAUCCUGUAUCUCUACGAGAAUGAAAACUUUCAGUUGAUCGGAGAUAUAUAAAUCUCAACAUGACAAA